AUGACAAGACAGGCAGGUCAACUCAGAUCAUUCGACGUUCUGGUUCUGGGUGCCGGAAUAGUCGGGGUUUCGACGGCCAUUCAUUUGCGCCGGCUGGGUCUUGAUGUGGCCCUGAUCGACCGGAAGCAUCCCGGUGUGGAAGCAUCGUUCGGGAAUGCGGGUAUCGUCCAGUGCAAUGGAUUUGUCCCGCAUGCGAUCCCGUCUCGCCCCUCGCAGCUGAUCGGAAUAAUGCUUGGGCAAUCGAGUGCCGUUUCCUAUGAUUUUUCCACACUCGUCAGACUGUUUCCCUGGCUGCGCCAGUACCACGCCGCAAGCAGUGGCCGCGGUAUCGAAACCUAUUCGAGAGCGAUUGCUCCGCUGAGAGCACUUGCCGCGCAGGAUCAUCUUGACCUGGCCGCUUCGACGCUGGCCGACAGAUAUUACCGCAAGGGCGGCUGGCUGCAUCUCUACAGAGGUGAAGGCUCCUUUCGCCAAAGCGAGAUAGAACGCCACUAUGCGCGCGUGUUCGGGGUUGCUUACGAGGAACUUACAACAGAAGACACCAAUGUGCUCGAGCCGGGCCUGAGCAACAUGAUUUUCAAGGCCGUCCACUGGACGGAGAGCUGCUCCGUUUCCAACCCGGGAGCAGUUGUCGACGCGUUCUGGCGCGGCUUUGUUCAGGACGGCGGGCAUUCCAUACGCGGCGACGCACGAAAACUGCAAAAGGGGCGAGGAGAGUGGAGCCUGGACAGCGAGCGCGGGACCAUUACCGCACCCAAUGUCGUUGUCGCGCUGGGCGCCUGGUCGUCGGACCUGCUUGCGGAGCUGGGAGAACAUUAUCCGCUCGUCUCGAAGCGCGGCUACCACAUGCAUUUUCAGCCCCGAACCGGAGCCUCACUUUCCAGGCCCGUCGUUGAUGUCGAAAACGGCUUCGCCCUGACACCGACCGACAACGGAAUUCGACUGACAACCGGCGUGGAACUGGUUGACCGCGAUGCGCCGCCAAAUCCGAAUAUUAUCAAACUGACGAAGCGGCGGGCUUCGGAACUGUUUCCGCUUGGACAGGCGCUUCAAGACCAGCCCUGGCUGGGAUCCCGUCCUUGUCUGCCGGACUCGCUUCCCGUCUGCGGGCAGUCGUCGAAAACAUCCGGCCUCUGGUUGAAUUUCGGUCAUGGCCAUGACGGUUUCACACUCGGCCCCGUAACCGGCCGGCUUCUGGCGGAGCAGAUUGCCGGCAAGGAGAGUGUGCAGGACUUGACGGCGUUUUCACCGGCGCGGUUUCCGGUCUGA